UUUGUCACACAAGGCUACUUGACUUUCAUUAGCGGACGGCUGGCCGUGUUUACCUGCACGUACAACCGAACACAGGCGUACAAACAAUAUGAAUUUCGUGAGAUCCCGACUUUCAGUCACAAAGCUUUUGGGUCAGAGGUGCAGACUGGUCACGGAAACAUGGAGCCACAGAGGGAUGUGCAAUAAACCGCAGGAGGUCAAAGCAGAGCUUCCCACUGCAGCUCCAGCAGAACACUCCCCUCGUCUUGGCUUUAAGAUCCCUGGUUACAGACCCUCGGAGAUGGAUAAGAAGAUGCUGCUCUGGUCAGGACGCUACAAGACAGCGGACCAGAUCCCAGAGUUGGUCUCAUAUGAAAUGCUCGACGCUGCCAGAAACAAAGUACGAGUGAAAGCCUGCUACGUGAUGAUGGUGGUCACAAUCGGUGCCUGCUUGUUGAUGGUCGUCCUGGGUAAACGGGCUGCUGGCAGAAAUGAGUCCCUGACUGGUCAGAACAUGGAGAGGAAGGCCAAAUGGAGGGAGGAAGUCCAGAGAGAGCAGGAAACCACCAUCGCCAAGGCUCAGUGACGCAGAGACGACAGUGUACCUGCAAGAGAAUCCUCUCUUCCCUCAAUAAAUUGGAGCGAUACAGCGGCACUCGACUCACUUGUACAUGUCUAUCGUUAAACAUAUUCAAAGUGAAUGAGACAUAUUGUUUGGGAAACAUACUGUAUAAAUGCCAUUUUCACAAACAGUGGCCAGGGGAGCCAUUUACAUAACCACAGAUGGGAAGAGGUACUGACACAUUUUCAUCUAAUAAACUGGUAGAUAAAAUAUAAUAUCUAUUAUACAUUUUGCAGCAUCCCCAAUUGUAAAAAGCAUAUUUUCUAAUAAAAUCUGGAUGAAAAAA